GUCAGCAGCCAUGGCAGAGCUCACCCUGGGCCAGAUGCUGGAUUCGGCCAUCGGGACGCCCAAGACUGAGCCCAUCAACUUUGAGAAGCUGCGCAACCUGCUGAAGGGGAUGCUUGUGAACCUGGGCCUGCAGGAUCUGCCCAUCCAGGACAGCGGGGAACCCCUGGAGGGGGCCCCGAAAAUCCCCCCACCUUCCUCUGUGGCUGCUGACAUUGAGGAGUUAAAGCAGAGAACGGAAGCCAAUGAAAGAGAAAUCGCUGAGGUCAGGGCUCUUUGCGAGGGGCUCCGUGUGGAGAUCAACGAGAUGAAGGAGCAGCAGUCCCAAAUGGCAGAGAACAUGCAGAAGAUGCAGGAGACUCUGGACACGGUGAACUUCGAGGAUAUCCUGGAGAACCUCCGUGACCAGUUGGUGGACAGUGUCAUGUCUUCUGUGAAGGACGUGAUGGGCCAGGAUGGACAGGCCCCCCUGGACUGGCCACAGGGCCCUGGCAUGCGCUCAAACCCUUGGGAGGACCACGGGCUGAUUGUCAUCGGCAAUGAAAUCACCCUCGCGGACAGGUUCGCGGCAUCCUCACCAAGGCAGCGGGAUACCCGGGCCCCCAGCCCCAUGCCCUCAAAGUCCAGGGCCGGGGCACAGAGCAGAGGGAAGGACUUGCCACCUGGGGGCACGAGCAGUCCCCGAGUGUCCUUCAUGGAAAGCGACAUGGGAUGGAACAACAUGGGACGGAACAGCAUGGGACCGAUCAAGGACGAAGAGAUGCAGAUGGGCAUCUCCAAGGGAGCGGCUCUUCCCAGCCCAAAGGCAUGGAGCAGAGGGAAGAAGUUGCCGCAGGGGGCUGUGAGCAGCCCCCGAGUCUCCUUCAUGGAAAGCGACAUGGGAUGGAACGACAUGGGACAGAUCCCGGAUGAGGAGAUCAAGAUGGGCAUCUCCAAGGGAGCAGCUCUUCCCAGCCCAAAGGCAUGGAGCAGAGGGAAGAAGUUGCCACGUGGGGCUGUGAGCAGCCCCCGAGUGUCCUUUGUGGAAAGUGACGUGGGAUUGAGUGACGUGGAACAGAGCGGGGAUGAUGAAGAGAUCAAGACAAGCAUCUCAAAGGCAGAGGCCCUUCCCAGCCUCCUGGAUGCUCCCCGUGGGAUGAACGACAUGGAACAGAUCAAACACGAAGAGAUCAAGAUGAGAAUCUCCAAGGCAGAGUCUCUUCCCAGCCCCUUGGGUACUCCCCCUGAGAUGACUGACAUGGAGCAGAUCAAGGACGAAGAGAUGGAGAUGAGCUUCUCUAAGGCUCCUCCCCACGUUCAGACAAAGAGUUUGGAUGGUGAUGUCACUGCCCUGAGAGUGCAUCCAGGAUCCCCUGGCAUCCACACCCCCAUCCAGCCCAUGAAGUCAGUACGAGGCCACCGACCAUCACAGACCCUCUGGAUCCCAGCUGAGAGUGUGGCUGGGACUGACAGUGGCAGCAGGACCCGGACAGCCAAGGAGGCACAAGGAAGGGGCAGCUUCAGGAUGGAGCCCUCCCAGAUCGAACCCGGGAUGAAGAUCCUAAAGGUGUCCUCUCCCGAGUACUUGCCCAGAGACCAGCCCUUCACCAUGCCGUUUCCUGGCCCGCCCUCUCCACCCGGGUCUCCUGCCCUCCCUGUGCUCUCUCCGCCCGGCUCUCCCGCCCGCUCCAGGCGCUCCGAUAUCACCUCCUUCACUCCGCCGCCGUCCCCCGGCCUCACGGGGCGCCUGCCCCCCAUCGUCAAACCCUACCAGGAGCACGGCCAGAGGGAGCAGGUAGAGGGAUAUUCCCGCAGAUCCCCCAUGUACUGUGGGGGCCGGCACACCAGCAUCUGCCCAGUGCAGCCCAUGGAGCCCCUCCUCCCGGACCCCAGCAAGCCCGGCGUGUUUGACCUGGUGGGCAGGGAUGGAAUCGUCUACCGGGGCCGGCAGUGCAGGCCUCCUAUGGGGUCCUGGAUGGAAGGAGCAAGCUAUUCCAACCUGCAGUAA